AUAUUAAAAAAAUUAUAUACAGUACGGUUUUUGCGAAAUCAUAUAAUUUUAUAUUUCUGACGACACUUUCGUGACUAAUAUAAUUUUUGAAGUUCUACGUAUAUAUUGGAUGUGUUUUACAAGCUCCUUUGACAUAGCACUGCUUUACAAAUUAAACCAAGGAUUUCAUUUGUAGAAAUAUUAUAAAUUUUACUCAUGCACAUUUCCAACUCGCAGUUUUGGAAGCGAAUUUUGAAACGGUGUAAUGGAUUGAAACUAGUAAAUCUUCAAACAUAUUUAAAACCGUAUAGAAUAAAUUUAUUUAUCGCAAGAAACAGAACACAAAUCACAAUUUUACAGGAAGAUAAACUUUUAGAAGUAGAAAUGUUACAUCCCAAAAUGGACAAUCUAUGCUGGUUACACAAAGUUGCACCAGGAUUUCCUAUAAAUGGUUCAAAGAUUACAAUAAUUCAUGAACCUGUUCAUUUUUAUGGUACACUAUUGGAAAUGUGUAAAUUUGCUAAAAGGAGAAUCACAUUUGCGUCCUUAUAUUUGGGAACUGGAAAAUUAGAAUCUGAAUUGGUACAAACAAUAGAGCAUGCUAUUCUUUCAAGUAAUGGAAAUAUUAAAGCUAGAUUUCUAUUAGAUUACAUGAGAGGUUCUAGAGGUGUACAAAAUUCACGUAAAAUGUUAGAACCAUUACUCAAAGGAAAAUAUGCUCAUUGCUCUGAAGUUUUUCUCUAUCAUACACCUAAACUUCGUGGACUUCUAAAGGUUAUUAUGCCUGAUCGUUUUAACGAAGUUAUAGGUUUACAACAUAUGAAAUUGUAUAUGAUAGAUGAUACUUUGAUAAUUAGUGGUGCAAAUUUAAGUAAUGAUUAUUUCACGAAUCGGCAGGACCGAUAUUUUAUAAUAGAGGAUGCUAAGGAACUCUGUGAUUUCUAUGAUGAUUUAGUCAAAAGAGUGGGAGAAUUUAGUUUUGUUUUGCAAUCAGACGGUAGUACAAAGUUGAACUCUACAUUAAGUUCUCAUCCAUGCGAAGGACCAAAGCAAGAAUUUUCUGAGGAAGCUGCACACAGAAUAAAAACGCUUUUUCAAAAUGAAAUACAAAAACGUAUUGAGCUUAACAAACAAAAAGAAGCUUUAGAUGCAGAUACUUGGAUAUUUCCAUUAGUACAAAUGGGCCAACUUAAUAUAUUACACGAUAGUGAAGUAACAUUGAAGUUGUUGCAAUCAGCUUCAUUGGGAGCGAGACUUAAAUUAGCAACUGGAUAUUUUAAUUUAACUUCAGAUUAUAUCAGUGCAGUACUUAAACAUUGUCAAGCUACAUGUGAUCUUCUAACAGCACAUCCUACUGCUAAUGGAUUUUUUAGUGCAAAAGGUAUAGCAAGUAGUAUUCCAGCAGCAUACACAAAGAUAGAAGAAUCAUUUUAUAAAACUUGUGAAAGAUUAGGUCAACAAGAAAGAGUAACAUUAUGGGAAUUUAUUAAACCAGGAUGGACAUAUCAUGCUAAAGGACUUUGGUACUAUUUACCAGGUCAACAAAGACCUUGUCUGACUCUUGUUGGAUCACCUAAUUUUGGUUAUAGAUCAGUGAAUAGAGAUUUGGAAACACAAAUUGCAAUCGUGACUAAAAAUGAAAAAUUACAAAUGGCCUUGCAAGAAGAACAGGAACGUUUGUUUAUGUACGCUAAACUAGUUACAAAAAGAACAUUUUCUCAAGAAGACCGAAUACCCCCAGCUUGGAUACGUACAACAAUUGUGUUAUUUCGAUAUUUUUUUUAGUACAAUACCAACGUCUUCGAUGGUUUCAUUCAAUGACCGAUACCUCAAAACUUAUUUAAUUAUUAUAAACUUUACAUUAUAUUAAUAUAUACAAAUGGAGUAUUAUUGAUGAACGAUAGCUUAAGUUAAUAAGGAUUAUUAUCUAUAUAGCUUGGUUCAAAUAUUCACGUAAGCACACGUAUCAUAAGACUGUAAAUAAAAAAAAAAUUCUGUAACACAUAGAGUACAUAGUGUAUAUUACGGUACAUAUUUCAUUAAUACAGACAAACCUAUCAGACACAAAUAAAUUAUGUUAUAAUGUAA